AUGACCGGAGACAUUUUUACAGUCGCUUGUAAAACCGCCAAUUGCUUUGGUCAUUGUUGCAUUUUACCUAAAAUUUCACUGGCUGUUAUUUGUCAAUCUCCAAAUUGGUUUCCGCUCACAAUGGCUCUCGCAGCUCAAAAAGCACUACUGGAUGAGCUCAUGGGUAAAAAUCGAAAUGCGGUCAAUGGUGAAAUCUCCGGUGGUCCGCAUUGGUCAGAUGAUGACGUAUGCAAGUUUUAUUUGUGUGGAUUUUGUCCCCAUGACUUAUUUGUCAAUACCAAAACUGACUUGGGUCAAUGCCCCAGAUCUCAUGAUGAGCGUAUGAGAGAAUCUUAUAAAAAGAGUUCGCGUUUUGGGAAAAUGGGGGGACAUGAGCGUUUAGCAGUCAACAAAAGUGUCAAUAGUUCAGAUCCCAUUGGUGCAAGUGAGAAAAAAGAAAAGAUAGCUGCACUUACAAAAAGAAUAAAUGAUUUAGUGAAGCAAGCAGAAGAAUUAGGAACUGAAGGGAAGGUUGAUCAAGCACAAGGAGUUCUAAAGUUAUGUGAACAACUAAAGUUUGAACGAUCACAGCUUGAAGGCGAUGCACGUCCAGGAAUGACUCAGACUAAAGAACUAGAAGUCUGUGAGAUAUGUGGAGCCUUCCGAAUCAAAGAUGAUGCACCUCAACGAGUAGAAGAGCAUUUGUCUGGUAAAAUGCAUCUUGGCUACGCAAAAAUUCGUGAUUACUUGAGGCAAUACAGUGAACAAAACUCUAAUUCCUCUUCUCGUUAUGGACGGCGUGAUAGACGAUCACUUGAUCGUUCUCCUGUUUCCCGGGAUCGUACACGUCAUCGAAGCCGCGGUAGGAGUCUGGAGCGAAAUUCUCAUUUACACUCUAGCGCCUCUCGGCAUGAUUACCGUGAAAGCGGAAGUGGCAGAUUUAGAUCCAGGCAUGAUUAUCGCGAUGACAGACGACGAUAUGGUAGGUCGCGAUCAAGUUCACGAUCACGAAAAGCCUAUGAUCGCUACCAUCAUGAACAUUCUUCUAAAUCAUCCAAACGCAACACGUCGCCUUUCAGUGCUGCUCGACGUCCUCCUGAGGGAGCCGAAGACUACUAA